GAUUGGAGGCUUUUGAACCCGGAAGAAGUUGGCGGCCCUCGGAAGCGGUCGCGGAUCGGGGAAUUCUGCUGUCGCUGCAGCUGCAGAAUGGUCGGCGGUGGCGGGAAGCGCAGGCCCGGCGGGGAGGGGCAGCAGUGUGAAAAAACAACUGAUGUGAAGAAAAGUAAAUUCUGUGAAGCUGAUGUCUCCACUGACCUUCGAAAAGAAGUAGAAAAUCAUUAUAAGCUUUCUUUACCUGAAGAUUUCUAUCACUUCUGGAAGUUCUGUGAAAAACUUGAUCCUGAAAAGCCAUCUGAUUCACUUUCUGCAAGCCUUGGACUUCAGUUAGUUGGUCCUUAUGAUAUCCUUGCUGGAAAACAUAAAACGAAGAAAAAAUCAACAGGCCUGAAUUUUAACCUUCACUGGAGGUUUUACUAUGAUCCUCCUGAGUUCCAGACCAUUAUUAUUGGAGAUAAUAAAACUCAGUACCACAUGGGUUAUUUCAGGGAUUCUCCUGAUGAAUUUCCUGUAUAUGUUGGUGUAAAUGAAGCAAAGAAAAAUUGUAUAAUUGUUCCAAAUGGAGAUAAUGUAUUUGCUGCAGUCAAAUUAUUUUUGACGAAAAGACUUAAAGAAGUAACGGAUAAAAAGAAAAUCAAUCUCUUGAAAAGCAUAGAUGAAAAACUCACAGAAGCAGCCAGAGAAUUGGGGUACUCGCUUGAACAGAGAACCAUGAAGAUGAAACAGAGAGAUAAGAAAGUUGUGACAAAGACCUUUCAUGGUGCAGGCUUGGUUGUUCCAGUAGAUAAAAAUGAUGUUGGGUACCGAGAGCUCCCUGAAACAGAUGCUGACCUCAAGAGAAUUUGCAAGACAAUAGUUGAGGCUGCAAGUGAUGAGGAGAGACUAAAAGCUUUCGCUCCCAUUCAGGAAAUGAUGACUUUUGUGCAGUUUGCUAAUGAUGAAUGUGAUUAUGGCAUGGGGCUUGAAUUGGGAAUGGAUCUCUUUUGCUAUGGCUCACAUUAUUUUCAUAAAGUUGCUGGUCAGCUUUUACCUCUUGCGUAUAAUCUGUUGAAGAGGAAUCUGUUUGCAGAAAUUAUUGAGGAUCAUCUGGCAAACAGAAGUAAAGAGAACAUAGACCAACUCGCUGCAUGAGUAAGGUGGCUUUGAUUGGUGUACAGUAUUUCAAAGGACUAGUAUUAAACUUAAGAUUUUUGUUUUUAAGGAAUACAAAAAAUAAACAUUUACUAAAAACGUUUAUAA